AUGGCGUCUCUAAAAACUGAAGGCUCUACAGGCCCAGAUCUUUCUCUUCCUGGCCCUGUCUCUCGUACCACUUCCUCGUCUUCUAUCAUGGCCAAUCUUCCAGAUGGAUACGUUGUCCACCACUUUUCCUGUUUCGAGUUGCUGCGCGCUCCCUCCCGACUGGCCAACCCUCACCAUUGA